AUGCGUUUCACCGUCGCCACUUCCUUGUGUCUCGCUCUUCUGAACACCGCCUCUGCCCAGCUCUUCGGUGGCCCGCUUUCGGUCCUACCAACACACUUGUUCAGCCCACAAAACGACGGCGGAUGUGGCGGCAACGGCGGCUAUGCUCCCGUCCAAAUGAGCUGUGGCAACCAGGGCGACAACGCCGGCUUCUCCCUGGCUAACAUCAAUGCCCUCACCUCCAUUCAUGACUGCUUCCGCUACUAA